CUUUAAAAUUGAAGUCUGGAGGGAAGAAAACAACUUAAACUGAAACAGUACAUGUUGUAAAUUAAACACAGGUCAUUUUGUACGUUUGUUUAGACACCAAAAUAUCGGUAACGGUAUACCACGCAGCACCAGCAGGUAAAAAGAAAAAGGGAAAUGGCAUCUCAGUCCAUCCGUGAGCGCACCAUCGCGGAGAACAGCCUGGUCGUCCUGCUGCAGGGCCUCCAGGGCGAGGUGACCACAGUGGACCUGCGGGACGAGAGCACAGCCCGCGGGCGCGUCAUCAAUGUGGACGCUUUUAUGAACGUCCGUCUGGAGGACGUCCUGUACAGGGACAGGCGCGGGCGGGUCUCUGAGAUGGCCGACCUGUUCAUAACCGGCCGCAACAUCCGCUACGUCCACAUUCCAGACCACAUGAACAUCGCAGAGACCAUCCAGAGUCAGCUGGAGAAAAUACACCGUGUUCGCCACUUUGCAGAGAAAGGAGGGAGGAAAGAAUAUGCCAAGAAAAAAAAAUAAGUACUGAGACUUGUUUUGUUCACUGGAACCGUGUCUGUGUUUUUGCUUAGUUUAGUUUUUAAUUUUUUUGCAUAUUUUUUUCCCAAGGUUUAUUGUUUGUGUGAAGGCCUGAGCAGCAUUUACAUUGUGUUUCAUUGAUGGAUUUAUUAGUUGUGUUUUUUUGUUGUUGUUGUUUUUUUGUAUUACUAAGUGAUUAAAAUUUUUUAGCAGUUAAAGUUAGGGUUGCUUCACGUCACCACAAAAAGCAGCAUCUGUUGAAUCCUCCAGCAGUGAAGGGUGUGACUUGUAGAUGCCAGUUGGCAUUUUAUCAAGAUGAGCCAAUAAAUAUUUGCUUAUGCAAGUGUACCUCAA